UCUAAUUUUUUGAUCCGCACUAGAAGCGAUCGAAACUUCUCCGGCAUAACGCGGAUCCUUCGCUCGUCCGUCCUUAACUACGAUUAACUGAUACCUGCUCCACUUUCAGACUAGGGAACAAUGGUGGCGGCGGCGGGAGCUCCGGGAGCACCACGGGUCCUUCCAAUCAAUCUUCCUGUUAAAUCUUGACGCCUCGUAGGGUUGCCUAUGCUUCGACUCCACCGGCCUCCCUCCACCUCCCAUCGUCGCCGCUUCUUCGGCAAUGGACUUCACCGAGCUGGAGGCAGUGGAAGGCCUCCGGUGGCCGUGGAACGCAUGGCCUUCGUCACGCUCCGAUGCUGCCUCCCUCGUCGUCCCCUUGAGUGUAAUCUGCACUCCAUUGAUGCCCCUCACCGAUCUCCCUCUUCUUCCCUACGAGCCCUUAUCCUGCUCUGGUUGCUCUGCCGUGCUAAACCCUUACGCCCGCGUCGACUACCGCUCCGCCCUCUGGAUUUGCUCUUUCUGCCACCGCAAGAAUCCCUUUCCCCGCUCAUACGCCGGAAUAGCCGAUCACAACCUCCCUGCCGAGCUAUUCCCCACACACAGCACCGUAGAGUACCUCCUCCCCUACAAAAACACUAACCCUAGCGGUUUUUUGCACAAUUCCUUUUCCUCGAGCCCAUCGUUUGCUUCGUUGACAUCUUCUAUUUCAUCCGCAUCGGUGACAAUACCUUCUCCGGCUGUAGCGCAAGCGCCUGGACCGGCGUUCGUGUUUGUGGUGGAUGUAUGCUCGGCGGAGGAGGAGCUCCGGGCGCUGAAGAAUGAGAUUUUGCACGUGGUAGCGAAUCUUCCGGAGAAUGCUAUGGUAGGGCUUGUCUCGUUUGGUUCGAUGGUGUGGGUACAUGAUCUCGGCUAUGCUGAGUGCUCCAGAGUUAUGUUGUUCUGCGGUGAUCGAGAGCUUUCUUCGAUGAAGAUCCAAGAGCUUCUUGGUGCAUGUCACUUUCUAAGCCAACAGCCAAUAGCUUCACACUCUCUUCAAAAGCAAGGAUUUCUGCGUCCAGUUUCCGAAUGUGAGUUCAAUUUCUCCACUGCAAUCGAAGAGCUGCACAACAUGUCUGACACCAUACCCGAACAUCAUCCUUUAAGAGCCACAGGUGCUGCUAUUUCAACCUCCAUUGCUCUCUUAGAAGGCUAUUCUCCCACCUCUGGUGGACGGGUGAUGGUCUUCACGUCAGGUAUGGCCACAAUCGGUCCAGGCAUGGUUGCUGAGAUCGACCACAGUAAGGCUAUCAGAACCCAGCGAGACAUCGUAAAUGGAAACACAUCCUUAUAUGUAAAAGCCUGUAACUUCUACCAGAAGCUUUCUCAAAGGCUACUAGACAAAUCCCUCGUUCUGGAUCUCUUCGCUUGUUCGCUUGAUCAGGUUGGAGCUGCAGAGAUGAGAUUCCCAAUCGAGACAUCUGGCGGCCUCCUAAUACUGACGGAGUCAUUUGAGUCGGAACAGUUUAAGCGGUGCUUGAGACAGAUCUUCAAGCAUGUUGGAUUCGAUCACUUUGACAUGAACUUUGACGCAACAAUCAAUCUGGUGACUACUAACGGUGUCAAAAUAUGUGGGGCACUCGGUCCUUGCAUGUCUCUUAAAACCAAGAACAGGUUGGUAAGUGAGAAGGAGAUUGGCCAAGGAGGAACCAGUUCAUGGAAAAUGAGCACCCUUACAAACAAAACAAGCUUAGCCUUCAUCUUCCAAGUGGGUGAUAAUCAGCCAAAUAACGAGCCAGGACCCGUCUUCUUCGUUCAAUUCAAGACUAGAUACCGCCAUGGAAAUGGCAGCAUUCGCUUAAGGGUGACCACUGCCGCAAGGAGAUGGGCUUCUGGAGCUCGUCAUCUGGAUAUCAAUGCAGGAUUCGACCAGGAAGCAGCAGCAACCAUCAUGGCGCGCCUCGCAGUGAGUCGUGCGGAGGAUUACCAUGCCCGUGAUGUGAUUAGAUGGCUUGAUAAGAUGCUUAUCCGCUUCACUGCCAAAUUCGGCGACUACGUACCUGAGGAUCCGUCAAGCUUCCGCUUGCCAUCGGGAUUCUCCCUUUACCCACAGUUUAUGUACUAUCUGAGGAGAUCCCAAUUCAUUGAUAUCUUCAACUACACCCCAGAUGAAACAGCUUUCUUUCGGCUUGCAUUGAACAUGCAAGGGGUCACCGGAACACUAAUCAUGAUCCAACCCACGCUCUUGCCGAUGCCUGUUCUUCUUGACAUCAGCUCGGUGUCACCUGAUGUGAUCUUACUGUUUGAUUCCUAUUUCCAUGUGGUGAUACAUUAUGGGUCUAAGAUUGCUCAAUGGAGGAAGAAGUUAGGGUUUGAUAAUGAUCAGAGCCAUGAAACCCUGAGGAAACUGUUGGAGGUGGUGGAGAUGGAUGCGGAGGAGCUGAUUGAGGGGAGAAUUCCGGUGCCAAAGCUGAUUAAAUGCGACCAGCAUAGCAGCCAGGCAAGGUUUCUGCUUGCAAAACUAAACCCAUCGGUGACUCAGAAGACAAGGCUGGCGGAUGGAUCAGAAGUCAUAUUCACCGAUGAUGUGAGCCUACAGGCUUUUCUUGAGCAUCUUCAGUCUCUGGCUGUCCAGGGAUGAUUGGAAGCUUUUGCAGUCAUAAAAGGAAACCUUUGAGCAGUUGAAGGAGACACAGUCUGAACACACAGGACUUUUGAUCUUUGGUCGUGGUCGAUGUUCCUACGAGUUGUAGAGAGAGGUUGCUGGAGGCACGAAGAAAGGAAAGGUUUACGGAUUGGGUUCGUAGGACAAGCACACAACGCUCAUCCCUCCUUUAGUACAUUAAGUUCUUUUACCAUACCACCCAUGAGGAUGAGGUUUUAAACAUGUUGCUGCAUUCAGUGUUGAUAAGGAGAUCAGAUUCUUUGCUAAGCUUGCUAAGAUGAAGUCUGAAUUGGAGACAAGCAUGAAUAUGGAAUUAUAGGUAUUAUGACAUUGGGCACACCUGAGAGGAAAACAACCGGUGGAGAAUGAGUUCGAGGAGGGGACGAAGAGCAUUUUUUUUAUUUUUCGAAACAUUUGAACACAUGUUAUUCUUGUGUAUAAAUAGUUUAAUUCUUUGGU